UUUUUUUCUGGCCUGUAUUCCCUGAGUAUUAAUUGCCGGUCAAUUUUUACUCUUGAAGACUUCGUGUAUUUUUUACGAUCCUCGUUGCUCACUAAUAAUAGGGAAUUCGCUAUAGAAUCUGGAAGAGAAAAAAAAGGUGCCAUAGAGGCUGCAGAACUGUUGUAGUUGACCGCUUCUCCUCCCUGUGGCUCCUCGCCUCCCCACCCCUUAAAACGUCCAAGAUGGGUUCGACAUCCGAGUCCAACGGCUGUCCUCUCACAGCGCUGCGCUACAUUGCACAGUCAUACAACCAUGCUGAUUCUCAGGCAUCUGCGUUGAGGCUGGUUUUGACCUUGAACCCUCACUGGGAAGGUCCGGAGAACAAGAUCGAGUUCGUGCGUUUCACGGACGGUAUCACUAAUACUCUUCUCAAAAUCAUAAAUCGCAAACCUGGCUUGACCGAAGAGCAAAUAGACCACGAAGCUGUACUGAUGAGAGCGUACGGUAACCAUACAGAGAUUCUUAUAGACCGCGAAAGAGAAAUGAAGUCCCACGCUCUUCUUGCCAGCCAUGGCCUAGCCCCUUCACUCUUGGCGCGCUUCCAGAAUGGUCUGCUGUAUAGGUUCAUUCGGGGACGCCCGGCCACGCAUGAAGACUUGGUGACGGCUUUUAUUUGGCGCGGCGUUGCUACAAGGCUCGGACAAUGGCAUGCAGUCCUUCCCGUCCAAGGAGCUGUGGCCCCAGCUGAGUCUGAAGUGGAUAAUGUUUUUAUGAACUCAGUAGAUGUCAACCUGUCUAAGGAAGACAAUGGCUUUCCUUUGAUUAAGCCAAGACAACUGGGACCCAACAUGUGGACCGUUCUCCAGAAAUGGAUUAUAGCUCUCCCAUCUGCGACUGACGAGCAGCGCCAGCGGAGAAUCAGUCUUCAGAAAGAGCUUGAACGGGUUGUCCGCGAACUGGACGAUGGCAAAGGUAUUGGUGAAGAUGGGUUGGUGUUUGCCCAUUGCGACCUGCUCUGCGCCAAUGUCAUAGCUGUACCAUCCGCACAUGGUUCUGUCACAUCUUCGGGUGAGCCCACAGCGACAGUGCAGUUUAUCGACUAUGAAUAUGCUACUCCAUCCCCGGCCGCGUUCGACAUCGCCAAUCACUUCGCAGAAUGGGGUGGCUAUGACUGCGAUUAUAACAUGAUGCCUACACGCGCUGUUCGGCGCCAAUUCUUGACCGAGUACGUUAAGAGCUACACCCAGCACAAAGGCCUCCCGGAGUCAUCUCAGAAGGAUAUUAUCGAUCGUCUCUAUGAGGACGUUGAUCGAUUCCGUGGCAUUCCCGGUCUCUACUGGGGCACCUGGGCCCUUAUCCAAGCCCAAAUCUCGCAGAUCGACUUCGACUACGCUUCGUACGCCGAAACUCGUCUCGGAGAAUAUUACGCCUGGCGUCGAGAGAUAGACGGUAGCCGCGCCAAAGCCGGCGAAGAAAUGCCUCUCCGCGAACGGCGCUGGGCGCAAGAAGCAUAGGCAACCUUCUACACGUAUACCCACACAAAAGCAAAGCCACAAACCCCACACCAUCAGCAUAUAUAGAUUUCAGUUUUUAACAGCAAGCGUGCUUGCAUGACGGCGAAAUUUUGCUGUCACUUGAUCAGGGUUUCAACAUUUAUCCCCUAGGAGAUGCGGCAAAAAGCAAAACAAGUUACCAGGACAGUGAGGCAUUUCAUGGAAUAAAGCAGUGUACACAAAAGGGAUGGGAUGGAUAGGACUUUGUCUUCAACGACUGGACUGGUGUUCUUGGGAUCUUUUCAUCGGCGUGUCUGGGCUCUCUCUCUUUCUCUUCCUCUUCCUCUUCUCUUUUCUUCCCUUGGAUUAUCGAUUUAAUUUUACAUUUGUUUAUAUCUAUAUCAUUAAAAAGGAAUAAAAUAUUGUAAUCGUCAG